GGCGGGGCUCAGGCGGCCGCGGCGGCCGGAGCGCAGAGAGCGGACGUGUGGUUCCUGAACCUCGGCGCUCAGGACAGCUCGGCCUCGUGCACAGCUCUCUGGACAACGGGGCCCAGAGCUGAUGGCAGACAAUGUCAACCACUAACAACAUAGCCCAGGCCCGGAAGCUGGUGGAGCAGCUCCGCAUCGAAGCUGGCAUCGAGCGCAUCAAGGUGUCCAAAGCCUCGUCGGAACUCAUGAGCUACUGCGAGCAGCACGCCCGGAACGACCCCCUGCUGGUGGGAGUCCCCGCCUCCGAGAACCCCUUUAAGGACAAGAAGCCUUGUAUUAUUCUGUAGCCGUGUUUUCUGUGCGUCCCUCCCUCUGUCUCCCUCAGCUAGGGCAUCACUCA